AUGAAAAGUGAAGUUUGGAAGUGGGUUUUAGGUUUGAUAUAUAUAUUUGCUGUUGCAUCUAUCUGGAUAGCUGCCAGUUUUGUAGUACAGUCUGUUGUAGAUGCCGGUGUGUCCCCAUUUCUCAUCACGUACAUAUGCAAUUCACUGUUUGUGAUCUACAUUCCCUUAGUUGAGAUUGGAAGGUAUUUGGAGGAUUCAUGUGGCGGUUUGUGGUUUUGGAAAAGUAAGAAGAGUAGCCCCUUGCAGAGAUUAGGAGAGUCAGAGCAAACCACUCUUCUUGAGGAGGGUGAUGCAAUUGUGAAAAUGGAUGCGGAAGAUGGAGAAGUUAAUCUUGGUACAGAAACAGAACCAAAAGUUGUAUCAUACGAGCUUGUUGGGACUUCAACAACUCGAGACAAUGUCAACGAAACUGCUGAUAAGCAAGUGGAUGAAAAAGGGCGAUGGACGCGAACUCGAGUGGCAAAAGUUAGCCUAUUGAUUUCACCAUUUUGGUUUCUUGCACAGCUCACUUUCAAUUUGUCAUUGAAGUAUACUACAGUUACAUCGAAUACCAUCUUAAGCAGUGCAUCCAGCCUUUUCACCUUUUUGGUCUCUCUAGCAUUCUUAGGUGAGAAAUUUACUUUGGUGAAGUUUAUUAGUGUUCUUCUUUGCAUGGGAGGAACGAUAAUUGUCAGCCUUGGUGACUCACGAACUACUUUAAGUACAAUUGCUUCGAACCCUCUACUCGGAGACAUACUUGCUCUUGUCUCGGCAGCCUUGUAUUCUGUGUAUGUUACCCUAAUUCGCAAGAAGUUACCGGAUGAGGAUGAUGAAAAAAGUGGCCGUGCCAGUAUGGCCCAGUUUCUGGGCUUUCUAGGGCUUUGCAACAUUCUUAUAUUUCUCCCAGUUGCCCUUAUACUUCAUUUCUCAAAGUUGGAGCCCUUUAAUAUGCUAACCUGGGAGCAGGUUGGUCUCAUUGUUGGCAAAGGUUUGUUGGAUAACGUUCUGAGUGAUUAUCUAUGGGCCAAAGCUGUUCUUCUAACAACGACCACAGUAGCAACAGCCGGUCUAACGAUACAGGUUCCUUUGGCGGCAAUUGUGGACUCAAUGACUGGCCAUGCUCCUCAUCUCGCUGAUUACCUUGGUGCUGUGGCUGUCAUGAUUGGAUUCACGGGCAUAAACAUUCCCACUGAUGCUUUUAACAAAUCAAAUGAAUCUAUGCAUGUACUAGAGAAGGAAAAUAUUGGUCUGACCGUUGAAGCUCACAAUUCAUCAGGCACGCCAGAUUCAGCUGCCCCUUCAUAG